CUUCAACCAUCUCAUCGACACUGUUACACCCCAUUCAAACUCUCAAGACCAUUCGACCGUCAUCAUGCAACACGAGCACUCGACUCCCUGGGGGGCCGACCAGAUCUAUUGUGAGACGGCCAGUGUGGACGUCAGCCCAACGAAUGCGACUGUUCCGUUCAUUCCAGAGAGCCCGGAAACUUGCCGGUCUCAGCCUCGCAUGUCACCACUCAACCUCGACCUUCAGAAUGAAAACUCCACUCGCAUACCCGGUUUCCGUUUUAAUGGAGAUUGGCCAAUGCUUCCUGCUCCUGCCCACCCUGACGUUGUCGUAGAUCAUCAACUGGAUGAGAGUUCAUCUAUUGACCUUCAAGAUGACUCCUCUGAGGGCUUAACUACAGUGUCCGUUCCUGACUUGAUCGAGGAUAGACAGGACUCGUGGUCUUCUGUUGGAUCAGCAGAAGGCAAGGCCGUGGAACCGUGGUCAAAAUUUAACUUAAGGUUGCCUGGAAUAUCAUGCAGAGAGUGUGGAGCUUCAUUCACUGGAGAAUGGCAGAAAGGCAAUCACUCUCGUCACGUGCGCCAUAAACAUGCGCCACCUCAACAGGACCCACGUUUACAAUGUGAAGUAUGCCACAAAUGGUUCCACCGGUCAGAUGCAAAGAAAGAACAUCAGCGCAAGAAGCAUGGAGAUCAUGGUGAGAGCCCACCCAGGAUGACUCAUGUCAAUGAAAGCAAUCCAGCAUCGAGCCAUCCAGACAUCCCAACGGAGGCUAGUCUUGACCGAACUGCGCUGGGUGCAUGGAUUAACUCACAAGAUCCACGUCUGGUGUAUUCUGGUGAACCUUCAGCUUCACCGGUCGCUUCUGUUUUGCAACCUUCGAUGAUCUUCGUGGAGAAUCCGUACAUCCCAAAAGACAUGGUUAGUGGAAUACUGCGUCUCUUAGACCCGCGAGUCGACCCGACCUUUACGAACAGGAUUUUCAAUGGUUUGGAUCUUGUUAUCGGAAAUUUGUUUGAGCGAUUUCCGAACGAUCCUCUGAUUAUUGGUUUCAUCAAGGCUUUGAGACGAACGGACCUCGGUUUUCAACUUUGCUUUGCUUCUUCGUCGUCGUCCUCCAACGUGUUCACUCACUGGACAUUGGCCUCCAGUGAUGUUGGGGCAAUUUCUUGCGCCAAUGGCUCGGUACAAUCUACUCAAUCACCCGGACAGGCACCACACCCAUCUUCCUCUCUACUUCAAACCCCCUACUCUCCUCCGGGAGGUAUUUCGAACUCGAGAGGUAAAGGCAGAUCGGGUCGGGACAAACCCCAGAACAGUAUUGGCUUGGGAAGCCACCACCCUAGGAAGACGGACAGCAGGAGGCUGCUAGCGUGUCCAAAUAAGAAGCAUUGCGAAGCCGAUGGUCAGCGUCCGCUAUGUCGUUUCGAGGGCGCAGUCAACAUGUGGGGAGUGAUGCAACAUUUGAGAUCCCGAGACCAUCGUCAUUUUCUCCCUUCCCUAUCUGUUUGUCGAAUGUGCUGGAAAUUUUCGACACAUGAAGGUUCAAGUCAGAACUUGUGCAUAUCUGGGAAUUGCAAACGUCGUCCUCAACCACGAGGGCCCAGGGUUGCAGAGCACUGGAGAGAUUUAUUCAGGGAAAUCUACCCGGAAUCCGCUCGAAUCCCCAAUCCAUACGUGGACGACCCAGGGUGGACCGAAGCCGGCCCCUCCACCACUGCUAACUCCGUAAUCGUCCAAGAAUUAACACAACCACAGAACGACCUUCCUUUUUUAGGAGAUGGCUUGGGUAAGAAUGACACUGCGCCAUUCUUGACCCUUACUCCUUUCGCCCCUAGACCUAAUGGAAUGAUAUUCAACCCAGAGGAAGAGCGCGCAGGCCAAAUCGCCGAAGCAGCUGCCAUGGAAGUCAUUCAACGACUUUGCAACUCAUUCCAGAGUGGCUCCGAUUCCCUUUACCAGUCCAUGGACCAAUUGAUGAGCGAGGCUAGACCAUUGGAGUCACCCCACCUUCAAGAACUGUCCGAUCGUUUCAGAGAUAUAGCGAGCGAUCUUCUUGCAAGACUGCGGACCAGUGCCGAGGCCAGGUUACAGCUUCGCCCUCAGCAGGAUCUGCCGCAUUUCACCCACGACGACUCGACCUAUUUUUGUGCAGCCUCCCCAUUUCAGUCGUCUCCGGACAGCUUUCAGGAUUCCACAUACGGCAGCUGGCUGAAACUUCCGCUGCAGAACGAUCGACACUCGAGUGCGCCUCCGUCUUCCAGUUUCCGUCCAGAAGAAUAUACGAUUCCACCCGAACUCUCGGGCCUCAGUCCAGGUCUCAAUCUUGCUGCUGCUAGGCCUUUUCCGAUGACAUCCCAGUUCGAGAUGGUUAGGUCUCAUAGUUACGGAUCUCUUCCUCCGCAAUGAUCCU